AACAUCAAAUAUUAUCGGCAAACACUGGAAGAAAUGAACUCGUCCAAAAGAAGUGAAAGUGACUGGCAAGGUUUAGUGAGCGAGUUCUUGAUAUGCAAACGUAAACUGGAGAGCAAGAAGGACGGCCUUCUCAUUCUGUCCAAAGAGCUGGACACCUGUCAGCAGGAGCGAGACCAGUACAAACUGAUGGCCAACCAGCUGAGAGAGACACACCAGAGCUUGAAGAAGAAAUACAGAGAACUAUUUGAUGGCGAAUCUUCACUUCCCCCAGAAAAACGAAAUCAGGUGAAUUUGGCUCAAUUGUUGAUGGAUUCGAGGGAGAGAAAUAAGCAGCUCGUUGAAGAGGUGAAGGAACUGACUCAGAGACUCAGUGAGACCCAGGGAGACAAUAAGCUGUUAAGAAUGACCAUCACAAAACAGAGGCUUGGGGAUGAUGAAGUCGGGUUCAGACAUUUCCCUGUUCAUGAGCGUGAGGAUCUGGUCAGGCAACUGGAGAAAGCAGCACUACAUAGAGAAGAACUUGAACACAGUCUGAAGACGGUGAGCGACGAACUGCAGGAUAUAAAGGCAGAGAGGACCGUGUUCAAGGAGAAAGCUGAACGUCUCAACCUCGAGCUGAACCACAUCCUUGGAGGCCAGGAGAAGCGCAUCAUCGACUUGGACGCCCUCUGCAUGGAGAACAAAUACUUGCAUGAUAGAUUAAAACAAGUUCAAGAGGAGGUCAGCCUGUUGAAGAGGAACAUACAGAAAUAUAAGACCGCUCUGGAUCGAAGAAGAAAUCCUGAAAUCUCCUGCAAGUCUAACAGCAGCGCUCUUACUGGAGUCCUUUCUCCUAAACAAGUGCAAGGGUUGCUGUCAGAGGAGAAUGGUUGCAGUUUACCAGCCACACCUCAGUCCAUCUCAGACCUGAAGUCUUUAGCGACAGCCUUACUGGAGACCAUUCAUGAGAAGAACAUAAUCAUUCAACACCAAAGACAGACCAACAGAAUUCUGGGAAACCGAGUUGCUGAUUUGGAGAGGAAGUUGAAAACUCUGGAAAUUUCGGGACUUUGGAGUCUCCCAGGAGGCAGAGAUGCCAUCACUCUGAGUGCCACUCCUCUGUGCUCUAUUGACCAUCCGCAUCAGCCGGAAGCACAAAAAACCACUAACCCACGACCUCCUGCAGAUGACAGGACAGGAAGAGGAGGGCCAUCGCCAUGGGAGCAGGACACAGCUGGCAAUGACAGCUUCCCGAACAUGUGGCGCGGCUCCCACCCCUGUCCAGAUGGAGGCGGAGAGGAGGUGGACACACCUGUCACCCCUGACAACGGGGAAGAGAUCGUCUUGUGUGGGACAGACAUUGUGAGGCAGACUAAUGGGCAGGUCGGGACCGAGGUGAAGGAGGGUCCUGUCGAAAAAAAGACAGGCGUCUGCACAAAAACGUUUUCCGGUCGGGAAAUGGAGGGAAGCCCAACUGUGAACGAGGGUGAGGUUUUAGGGGAGCUGUGCCUGAUAGCGGAGGAGGCUGAAGAUGCAGCUUUGGCUCUGGCUCCAGCGAUGCAAAUAUCUUCAAUUACUUUUGACCAAACCGCCUGUGAAAAUGUCAACUUUCAAGCCUCUGUGGGAAUUCAAAGAGCUUACUUUGAAAAUAUUUUGGAAGGUGCCUCCAUAAAGAAAGAGCCGAUUGAACCAAGUGACUCUUCUAUUCUAUAAUAGGAGGUGGAACUGAAGGUCUGAAGACGCUUUCCUUAGAAAUGUCUACAAUGUGGUGAUUUAUUGGUCAGAUACAAAGCAGCUGAAUAAAAAUCCAUAACACAAUCCAGAUUACAUGCAGUAUGCAAUACUGAAGCCAAAUAAACAGCUCGAUUUUUAA